AUGGAAAUUGAUGGUGUUGAAGUUGCGUUUUCUGAGGGUGAAACGAUCCUUGAGGUCGCGCAACGCCAUGAAAAAGAGAUUCCAACGCUCUGCUACGACCCGAGGCUUGAACCAUUCGGUGGCUGUCGUCUCUGCAUCGUGGAGUUAGAAGGUGCGCGAAAUCCUGUGGCAUCUUGUACGACGAAAACCACAGAGGGGAUGGUAGUGCGGACGGCAACCGAUACAAUAGAGGCGUACCGGAAAACACUACUUGAGAUGGUUGUCAGCGAGAAUCGUGAAGUUGAUGUGUCUCCGCUGCGCGGUUAUGCCGCCAGUGAACUCGCGGACCUCCGCGACAAGUAUGCAGUAAACGGCACCCGUAUGACAGGUGCGAAAUCGGGUGCGAAUAAAACCGAUGAGAAUCCGUUUAUCCUCAGAGACUAUGAACUCUGCAUUUCCUGUUAUCGGUGCGUCCGCGUCUGUGCUGAACAAGAGGGUGAUCAUGCCAUCAACGUCAUGAACCGCGGGUUCCAUACACAGAUUACGACGGAGUUCGAUGGACUUCUCAAGGAUUCUGCUUGCACGUUUUGUGGACAGUGUAUCCAGACCUGUCCGACCGGUGCGCUUGCCGACAAGAAAGCACUCCGCGCAGCUGAUGAGAUAGGGGAUGCUAUUCCUGAUAAAACCCGCACCAUCUGCCCGUAUUGUGGUGUCGGGUGUUCCGUUGAUAUACUCACGCAAGAUGAAAAAAUCGUUGGCAUCCACCCUGCUAUGGACGGCCCCGCGAAUCAAGGAGCACUCUGUGUUAAAGGUCAGUUUGCUUACGACUUCGUGCAUCACUCGGAUCGGUUGAAAACUCCACUUGUUCGCGGUGACGAUGGCGAUCUCCACGAAGCCACAUGGGAAGACGCACUUGACAAAGCCGCUGAAGGAUUUCGGAAGGUCAACGCUGAACACGGUAGACAUAGUAUCUACGGUAUUGCUUCCGGGCGCGCACCGAGUGAAGCUGCGUAUAUGAUGCAGAAGUUUAUCCGUGUGGGGUUCGGCACCAACUACAUCGACAACUGCAGCCGUGCCUGA